AUGGUUGAUUCCAGAGAUUCGAACUCGGAUAGCUUCGUAACCCGACGUCGCAACACCAAAUCUCUGAAGAGGAAGCAUGACGACGAAGACGACAACAACGGCUAUAUGAAAGAUUUGAUGAGUGGUUCUUUCACUAAAAGACAGCUCAAUGAUAAGGUGGCGAAUUUGAAGAAGAGAUUUAGAAAAAACAAAGCAAGAUCCAACGAUGAUAAAGAAGAGGAAUCUUCGAAAAAGUUCUCAUUUGCCGGAGUGAUGUUAAGAGGAAUCGUAUCAGCAACCUCGUUGUUCUCAUUCUCUAGCAAACUUGUAGUUAAGAAACUCUUCUCGGACAACUGA